AUGGCGUCGUCUCCGUUGACUGCGAAUGUUCAGGAUACUAAAGCUCCUUCGAGGAAUAGAGUUGAAGAAACUGAGGAGGACAAGCAGAUACAAUUCAAUGAACAAGUUUUUGGAGGAAAUGACUAUGCACCAAAGGUACGGAAACCGUACACGAUAACAAAGGAAAGAGAGAGAUGGACUGAUGAAGAGCACAAGAAGUUUGUUGAAGCCUUGAAAUUAUACGGCCGAGCAUGGAGACGAAUAGAAGAACAUGUGGGCACAAAGACUGCUGUUCAGAUUCGAAGCCAUGCUCAGAAGUUUUUCUCUAAGGUUGCUCGAGAAGCAACUGGAGUUAAUGGAAGCUUGGUAGAGCCAAUUGUGAUACCGCCUCCUCGUCCCAAGAGAAAACCAAUGCAUCCUUACCCGCGUAAGUUUGGGAAUGAGGCAGAUCAAACUAGUAGAUCGGUUUCUCCCUCAGAACGAGAGAACCAAUCUCCAACCUCUGUGUUGUCCACUGUUGGAUCAGAAGCCCUGGGUUCCUCUGAUUCAGAUUCACCCAAUCGAAGCUUGUCCCCGGUUUCUUCUGCAUCACCACCAGCUGUAACUACUGCAACUGCACCUGAAGAGCUUGAGUCUCUGAAGCUGGAGUUGUUUCCAAGAGAGAGACUCUUAAACAAAGAGAGGUCGAUCAAGGAACCAACGAAGCAAAGGCUUAAACUCUUUGGGCAGACAGUUUUGGUAUCUGGUUCAGAGAUGUCCUCUUCUCUAACAAUUUCAACUUAUUGUGAAUCCCCAAUUCAGCCAUUACCACGGAAACUCUCCCGAUCCGAAACAUUCCCCAUAACAAUAAACCCACAAGAAGAACUCAUGAGUUGUUGGAUACAAGUCCCUCCUAAGCAAGAAGAGGUAGAAAACAAAUGUUUAGACUCAGGAAAGGCUCUUCAAAAUGAAGGAUCAUCGACUGGAUCAAACACUGGUUCGGUGGAUGAUACAGGACACACGGACAAGAACUCAGAGCCAGAAACAAUGAUAUGUAAAUGGGAGUUUAAACCUAGCGAGAGGUCUGCAUUUUCCGAGCUCGGAAGAAUAAACUCUGAGUCAAAUUCAAGAGGAUUUGGUCCUUACAAGAAGAGAAAAACGGUAACAGAAGAAGAAGAACAAGAGAUUCGUCUCUACUUAUAA